GCUUGCAUCAGAUCUCACAGAACAAGGUCGCAGUGCUGCUCCUGGCUGGAGGACAAGGAACUCGCCUGGGAGUGAGCUAUCCCAAGGGCAUGUACAACGUGGGAUUGCCCAGUGGCAAGACCUUGUAUCAGAUCCAAGCAGAAAGAAUCCACAAAGUGGAGCAGCUCGCUGGCCAGAGACACCACUGCAAGUGUGCCAUCCCCUGGUACAUCAUGACAAGCGAGUUCACGUUGGGGCCGACAAAGGAAUUCUUUGUAGAACACAACUACUUCAACCUGGAUAGAUCCAAUGUGGUCAUGUUUGAACAGAGAAUGCUGCCCGCCGUCACCUUUGAUGGGAAGGCCAUCUUGGAGGAGAAGGGGAAAAUUGCCAUGGCUCCAGAUGGCAAUGGUGGCUUAUACCGUGCUUUGGUGGAUAAUAAGAUUUUGGAUGACAUGAAGCAACGUGGAAUCCAGUAUGUCCAUGUAUACUGUGUGGACAAUAUCCUCGUGAAAAUGGCAGAUCCAGUCUUCAUAGGCUUCUGUGUUUCCAAAGGGGCAGAUUGCGGUGCAAAGGUGGUGGAGAAGGCCUACCCCACAGAGCCUGUUGGGGUGGUGUGCUGUGUGGAUGGGGUCUACCAAGUGGUGGAGUACAGCGAGAUCAGCCUGGAGACCGCACAGCAGCAGAGCCCCGAUGGGGGACUGAUGUACAGCACUGGCAAUAUCUGCAACCACUUCUUCACGGUUGAGUUCCUGGAAACAGUGGCCCAGAAAUACGAGCCGCAGCUGAAGCAUCACAUAGCCAUAAAGAAAGUGCCCUACAUUGACGAGGAGGGAAAUCUGGUAAAACCACUAAAACCGAACGGGAUAAAGCUGGAGAAGUUUGUGUUUGAUGUGUUCCAGUUCUCUAAGAAUUUUGUGGCAUUUGAAGUUUUAAGAGAAGAAGAGUUCUCACCACUAAAAAAUGCAGACACAGCUGACAAAGACACUCCCACCACUGCACGAGAAGCUCUCCUGGCCCAGCAUUAUCGCUGGGCUCUCAAGGCUGGGGCCAGAUUUCUGGAUGAAAAUGGUUGCAGGAUACCAGAGAAACUCAGUCUCUCAGGACCUGAAGAUGUUCCGGCUGUGUGUGAGAUUUCUCCAUUAGUGUCUUACUUUGGAGAGGGUCUGGAGGUGUACAUGAAGAAUAGAAACUUCCAAUCUCCCUUUGUACUCGAUGAAAACAAAGCACAAACGCUAGAAAAUUCUUGA